CGGGGAGGGGUUAGUUUCCCACAGGGGAUUUCAACCAUCACACUCAGAGCCCGCCUCCUAAUCCUCCGGCGGAGCGGCUCGGGGCCCCAUUUUAUGGCAAUAAAGCGACUUAGCGCCUGCUGAGCGAGCCCCUCCCCGCCGCCGCCCCCGCCCUCGGCCCCACCCCAGGGCUCGCCCGCAGCGGCGGGGCUUUGUUUCUGGGGAGGAGGACCCGGAGCUCUUUUGUUUGGGGGUUUUCUGUUUUCACCCCUACCCCACCCUACACACACCCCAACCUCACCCCACCCCGCCCCAACCCCCGCGCCUCUCGGAUUUCCUGAGCUGCGGGCUGCAAAGGGAGGAGAGCGGCUUCUUGCAACCCCCUCGGCUGGGCCCCGGGGUAAUUCGAUGCGGGCCUGGCGAGGCUCCCCACGUUAGACCUGGGCUCGCGUCUCGACAGCCUCCACCCACCGGCCCACCCUACAUUUAGCGCAUCAUGUGAUCUGGUGUGAAAAGAAUACAAUACCAACACCACCUUAUCCUCAGCAUGAACUAAGAAAGAGACGUCUUCGUGCACUUGGAUCCCUAUCAAGAGUCCAUACUUCUCAUUGGUUUCAUACUCCUCAUGUCUAUGGGAAGUCAUAGAUGUAAAUAAGUCCAGAAUCUCCACACCCUUGAGAACAGAAUGCUAAUGCUUGAUGGGAUGCCGGCCGUCAGAGUCAAAACAGAGCUGUUGGAAUCUGAACAAGGGUCUCCAAACGUCCACAACUACCCCGAUAUGGAAGCUGUUCCCCUGUUGCUAAAUAAUGUGAAAGGGGAGCCCCCAGAGGACUCAUUGCCUGUAGAUCACUUCCAGACACAAACUGAGCCAGUGGACUUGUCAAUCAACAAAGCCAGGACCUCCCCUACCGCUGUUUCAUCCUCCCCAGUCUCCAUGACAGCGUCCGCCUCCUCACCUUCUUCAACUUCAACCUCCUCCUCAUCUUCUAGCCGUCCAGCCUCAUCCCCCACCGUUAUAACAUCAGUAUCUUCAGCAUCGUCUUCGUCAACCGUGUUAUCUCCAGGACCCCUCGUUGCCUCUGCCUCUGGCGUGGGCGGCCAGCAGUUUUUACACAUCAUUCAUCCUGUCCCGCCUUCCAGUCCCAUGAACCUACAGUCUAACAAACUCAGUCAUGUUCAUCGCAUCCCUGUGGUGGUACAGUCGGUGCCGGUUGUCUACACAGCCGUCAGGUCACCUGGAAAUGUGAACAACACUAUCGUUGUGCCGCUCCUGGAGGAUGGGAGAAGCCAUGGUAAAGCACAAAUGGACCCCCGAGGCCUAUCUCCCAGACAAAGUAAAAGUGACAGUGAUGAUGAUGACCUGCCAAAUGUGACCUUAGAUAGCGUUAAUGAAACUGGAUCCACGGCCCUUUCCAUAGCCAGAGCAGUCCAAGAGGUCCAUCCAUCCCCAGUUUCCAGGGUCCGGGGAAACCGAAUGAAUAACCAGAAGUUUGCUUGUUCAAUCUCACCAUUUAGUAUUGAGAGCACAAGACGCCAGAGACGAUCAGAAUCCCCGGACUCCAGGAAACGGCGCAUUCACAGAUGUGACUUUGAAGGAUGCAACAAAGUAUACACUAAAAGUUCUCACCUGAAGGCACACCGGAGAACACACACAGGAGAGAAGCCCUACAAAUGCACGUGGGAAGGCUGCACCUGGAAGUUUGCCCGCUCGGAUGAACUGACCAGGCAUUACCGCAAACACACGGGAGUGAAGCCAUUCAAGUGUGCAGACUGUGAUCGCAGCUUCUCGAGGUCAGACCACCUGGCCCUGCACCGGAGGAGGCACAUGCUGGUGUGAAGGAGGCUCCCCGUCGUCCGGCUGGGCAUAAGAGCUGGCUCUCUUAAAGAGCAACUAACUCAGCAGGGCUGAGCCCCCUCUACAGUGUUAACGUCAACGGCACCGCCGUCCCUUGGUGCCUGAAACCAGAGCAGGAACAAGAAGAAACCCUUCUCCUUUCAGCCUGAAGGUAACCCCCCCACCCCAUCAUGAUCACCCCGCGGGAGAGUUGCUGCAAGCACACUGGCCUGGGGGUUCAGCGCCUCAGGUCCUGAAGAGACAGGCAUUAUUUGUCCGUGCUCUGUCCUCUGCCGUUGGAAAGAUGUUUGUAGCUUGUACAUUUCCCGAGCUGGCCGGACACUCGGCUAUCAGUCCCUUAAAGGUCAUCUACCACAAAUCGAUGUUACAGAAGACCUCAGUUUGGAUGAUUCUUCCAUGGCACCUCCCCCACCCCCAAGCCCUUUAGACAGAGAUUUCAGUUCCUAUCUCAGUAAGCCAGAACACACAUCCAGUCUGUUACCAGCAAGCAGCCUGAACUAGAAAGGAAAGGGGCUGUUGGGGAAGCUCUGUUACCCCAAAAGAAGGCACACGGAAGUAGCUCUCUAUGCUAGUCAUGGCGGACUUAGAUAGCGCUCACACCUUGUCUUCAUGCUAUCUCCCGGAAGAGAACCAAGAGUCUAUUCAUUUGUUUGUCUUUGCUUGUUUUUGGUCUGUUUUGAUCAUGUUUUGUUCUUCCGUUCCAGCAGAGGGGCAGAGCAGUUUCUCAAAGGCUAGUUCUGCUCUGCCCUGGCAUGGACGGGCAGAGGCGUUCUGUAGUUGAAUAGGAAGAGCCUGUCUAAAAAAAACGAUAACGACAAUAGUCAUAAUAAUAACGACCGCCCCCACUUCAAACUGCAGUGUUCUGUCACCUAGGCAUCAUCUCCCCUGCCCUUCGUGUUCGAUUACAAGGAAUCAAGGGGUAGGGGAGCUUUCUUAGACACACCGGCAUCAAGGGAAGAGGUGGGGCUGCCCAUGCAAAGUCAGUGAACAUGAAAAUGAGACAAAGCAGAGGUGGAAAUAACGCUCCUCUGGAGGGGAAAAGCAAUAAUGAAUAGAAGGACUUGCCUACAAUCGCUCCACUGAGGACUCACGUUACCAGUUUUCAUACUCACUAAAGGGAUUGUAAAAAAACACCCCAGCAUUUCAGAUGUCUUGGCUCCAUUCAGAGGCCCUAGUGACAGCACUGAGGUCAUCUUUCUGCUCUUUGUCGUCCUACUUGCUCGAGUACCACAAGUAAAGAUUAUGCUCCCCAAUUCUCGUUGGGCAACAGUUCUUUGGUGCCUAGCUAGGCAGAGCUGAAGGUUAACUCUUCAGUCAGUGGGGUUGUUCAGCUUGGGCAUGAGUCCUUGGAAAGAGGGGCCCGUGGAAGCCCACCUUGGUGCUGCUUCUUCAACCCGGAGAGCCAAGAUUCUGACUCUCCCGUGGAUUCUUCUCUACAUGGUUCACUUUCUAAACUGGCCCGGAAUCCCCAUGUUCCCCCCAUUGGCAUCCACAGGGACAGAUAUCCUGCUUAUCCUGGGAGAAGGACGAGAAAGUCAGGUUCCAAUGUCCCCCUCAAAUGAAGAGCCUUUUGUAUCUAGCAAAAAAUAUACAGGAAAAGCAAUACACCCCCAACAAGCACUCUUUCCAAUAUAGUAUCAUAUUUUUGUCCCCACUAAAAGCUGUUCUUUUCCCAGCUUUGUGUGGCAAUUGGGCUUAGUGAGAUUUUUUUCGUUGUUGUUAAGAUUUUUUUUUUAUAGCUUAACUAUAAAAGGUCUCCAGCAAAGACCUUUGCAAUAUAUUUCAGUGACAGAUGCUUGAUUUGGGAAAUUGCACAAAUUAACCACAUAAUAUUCCUAGCUCAUUUUUAAAUGUCUGCACAUUCUAAAAGGAUGUCUGGUGACAGAGUUCUCCUUUACAGUAUCCGUUUCUAAUUUGGGGUAUUGGGUUCUGACAAAGCAAGGACUAUAAACACUACUAGAAGAACGGCUUGGGUUGGAGCACUUUUAAAGGAAUUUUAAUAAAUGUUCAGGCAAAAGUAUUAUGAUUUACAGAUCAAGUCCUGGCUUCAAAAAUAUGUGCUCUAAUAUUUUUUUGCCAGGUCUGAAGAACUCAUCAGGCAAUUUCCCUCUAACAAGGGCUACAGUUCUGUUGAGAACUAGCUUCAGCUACACGGACUGGUACCCACCAGCCAGUGGGAUUUUUUUUUUCAACCAACUGGAACAUUUUUUUUUUUUAUCUGUACUGUAUGCACUUCCUACUUCUCAUUGCCUGUUAUCAUUCAGAAUAAAAACAGGCUUCCUGAUGCAUGCCAGCAUUAGUAACUGGCCAGUGCAAAGAACUCAGACAGUAGCAAGCGACCAUGAUCUCCCCAGGCGCUGGCCCCAGAGUCUAGUUGGCAGGUACAGGGGAAGUCACUCAAGUGAAGGAUAGAUUUGGCUUCGUUCUGUCUGCUCUCAUCAGAGCCAAUCCUCUUCCCACUGAGAGACAUCUUACAAGUUUUACAGGUAGAAUUCAUUGAACUGACAGGCAGGGAAAGCUUCCUGAGUGACAUCUUGAUUUAAAUUUAGCACAGAACGAAAAGGAGUUGCGCCUAACCGCUUAGGGAAGACUUGGGGAAGCAAGCUUCCCCCACUCACUCCCCAUCAGUGGGAAGCAGACUGAGAUGGUAAGAUCACUGAUGAAAUCUGCCAUCGUUACAGCAUCCCCCUCCUUUGGACACAGUGAUGUUUUUAGAAAGGAUGUAAGCACAAGUGAACAUGUCUCUGAUGUGGCCCAAGAACUGAAACUCACUUGGAACUCAUCUAGGGGAUGUAAGCAGUACUCCUUGGCAGGUGGUUUGGGACUGAGGGAAAUAUGAUAUCCUUAGGCACAGAAAAGCAGCCAGUCAUUUUAUGUGCAUAUCUAGCUUCUUGAAAAGCACAGUCUAUGAGAAACUAUCGAAAAAGGGAAAGAAUCCUGAAGGACUUCUUGGUGUUCCCUAAGCAGAGCAAGUUUGGGCUUCAAAUUUGAAGUGGUUCAGCUUGCAGCUAGGGAGCUCAUGUGUGGUUGGUAAUACCUGGUGACAAGCAGGAAGAAAUGAUUGUCUCCCUGCCAUGUGAAGACUAAUGACAAGGGAGUUGAGUUACUUGAGGGUUUACAGAGAGUCCCUUAUAUUCCAACCUUAAGUUGUUUGUAAAGAAACUUCCCAUUCAGCUCCAGCCUCCUGCUGUCGAUUGCUUUGGACACUGCUUGAUUUUAAGUUCUGUUAUAGCGUUGAGAAAGAGGUUCCUGAUGGCUUUACCAUGGAAAUGAUACUACUGCCUUUACAAAAUGCGUAUGCUUUUUGUUUUCAAAAAGUUGAAGGUCAGUUAUGUGAGUAAAAUGAGCACUUUUAAAUAUCACUUUAAAGUUUAAAUGGGACAGAGGAAGAUGAGUUAGGGGCGGGGUCUUUCAAAACACUUCACUGUUUACAAAUGAAAGUUCUAGGUGAUUAGAAAAGCUAUGUUAGUCAUGAGGGAAAUUUGGAAUAGCUAAUGCAAAGACUAUAUUCAUGUUUAUACAAAUUGUUUAACUCCAAAUUGCCAAUUGUUUCUGAAUGGAAAUGUAAGUCUGCACUUUGAGAUCAGCUCAUUAGAAUGAUAACGUGUAUAUGGAUACGAGAUGCAGUGUUCCUUAGUCUGUACUUUGUUUAUUAUAUGUACCAAAGCUGCAAUUGAAUAAAUCGGGUGAGGUGAGGCCUUCGGUAGUAUUAAUAUGCCUUUGUUUUCUUCUUGUAACUGCCUAGAAAAGUAGCUGAGAGGUUGUUUCAAGGCUGUCUAUCCCUUUUAUAUUGAGAAGUCAUAGAACUGACUGAAGCAGGGGCAAUACCAGCACCCAUGCAGUCUGCCUAGAAAGCAUCGAAUGUGAACUGAUGUUGAUGAACCACCAUAGGCCCAGGAAGCCUUAAUACUCAUAGUUCAUACCCCACUCUCAUUAAGUUUGUCACAUAAAUGAAUGCCAUCAGCCAAAUCUCUUCCUUGACUUGUUCUGAGGUUGAAUUCCCUGCAGAAGGAACCGGUCUUGGUUUAGUCUCGGGAAGAGAUUUGACCGGUCAUGUCUUCCAUGUUACAUUUCUCCUUGCUCCCACACUGCCUUUCACUUACCUGGAGAGACACCCCCAACACAUGCACCUGUGUGCACACACCUGCACAUGCAGCAGCCGGCAGGCGACUAAAUAUCAACAAAGAACUUUUGUAAAAGAAAUACUUUGUGAUAAUCCAUACUAUGUAGAAAUGUAAGUUAUUACCUGACUAGAGAAUCAGCUUAUACUACUAUGUAACUUUGCCUGCAUUUUAUAGUUAAGAAAUGUAUAUACAAAUUCAAAAUGCUAUAUUUUCACAAUUUCAUUAUAGAGUAAUGUCUGUUUAGCAAACCAUGCCCAUUGGUAUUUUAAAUAUGCUAAAUACUGAGCAAUUGCAAUAGAAAUUCAGAUUUUUCAUAAUAAAAUAAAAUGGAAGGGUUCUGCAUCUUUAAAAAAAUAGAGUGAAGCUAUUUUACUGUAUUCGUAACAUAUGUGAUAGUGGACAAAGUAUUUUCAAACAUGCCAAUUUUACAGAGGUUGUAAAUAGUUUGAUGACAUAUGUUGGGGGAAAGCUUCUAGUUUUCAUCACAAUAAAAAAAAAAAACACUUAUUCAGCUAUGCCUUGUGUGUGGAGGGUACUCACAAUUGGUGAUGUUGCCAGCGGAAAUGGUCCCUCUUGUUGAUGUUCAUGGUGCUUGGUCAGAAUGGAGUGGCUGCUUGUCAUAGCUUAGCCAGAAUGGUUUGAAACUCAGAUGAGGUCAUUUCUUCAUACUUGUCUUUUCUUGAAAAAGGAAAAAUGGAGAUGUGCUUGUUCUAGAAAAAUCAUCUAGCAAUCAUUCUCAGUUAUCCUUCUUAGCAGAGUGGUUCUCCAUUGAAAACAAUAAAAUCAGGUGUUUAUUCUUGUCUGAGUUUCAGAGGGGUUGCUUUCCAAUGUAGGUACAUGUUGAUGAGUUUAAGUGUAUUGAUAUAGCCACAUAUUAAAAGACUCUGUAGUGGCAAUAAGAAAAAGUUAAUGCCCAUUUUUCCCCAGAAAUUAAUUAAAAGCUGAAAGUGCCUGUCAAUGAAUAUGACCAAUGAGAUAAUCCUAUACUUUCACACAGCAAUAAUUCUUCAUCCUACCGAGUUUUUCCUGCACGGUUUGAGCGCACACAGAGUAAAUAUAUGCACAUAGUAAAUUAGAUCUGUUCCCACAAACCCACAGAAAAGGGCUUUCAUCACUUUGAAGUAUAAGUAACCCUCUUUGCAAUUAAUAUCUCUUAAUUUUCUUUGUCUUACUUGAAUACGAUCAGGUGAAUAUGGAAAAUAAAGUUAUCUUCAGUGUACAUGACGAUGUAGAACAAUUACAAUAUUCAGAUAAAGUGUACCUCACAUUUAUAACAGAGCUCUGAAAGACUUGCUCAGUUAAAAACACUGAUGCACUUAGUGCGAAACAGCGAGAGACUUUUAUCUUCUUUAUUUUACCCACUUACAUCAGUGUGCAAGUUCAUCUUUUGUGCUUCAUUCUCUUUUCACCCAAUAAAUCCUGAUAUCAUCAAGGAGAAUAUGGAGGUCAACACUGACAAGUCCUCUUCCCUCCCCCCCCAAAAAAAAAUCUUGUGAUACUUGCAAAGGCCUUCAGACAGUUAUUUAGUUAAUCCUGGCAGUUACCUCAUUGUGUACAUUCCGAAGUUCACAAGUUUUUCUCCUCAAAUUGUUUUAUGGCUGCAAGUGGAGUCAUAGGUAGAGAUAAACAAUAAAACUGGGCAUAGACACGAACUCAGUGUAGUCUUCACCCCUGCUGUCUCAGUGCAUGAAUUUGCCCAGACAAGCUGUCGAGGCUACCAGCAAAGCUAUAUUAGAGCCAAACACUCAAUAAUGAUGAUUCUCAAUGUAUGGCCGGGAAUAAGCCUUCAGGUUUUUAGACAGUGUGGUACUGCGGUGGACAGCAUUCUCCAGGCCCCAACCUCAGGUCAAGAAGACCAUCCGCUCUUUACCCUACUCUGUUUCAGAUAAUAGGGAUGAAGACACAUGCAUCAAGAGGGAGAGAGAGAGCGUAGCAAACAGGUGCUAAUGUCACAGCACAGCUACUCUAAUCCCUGAUCACGCUGACAUCAGACAUUCUGACUUCCUCCUCCCCGUGUGUUGUCUGAACGUGCAGAAGUACCCUGGGAGGUUCAAAGCUCACGCUGAGGGAUUUUAACACGGUCACUCCAGUCUGUACAACUGGUCUCCCCUUCAUGGGUGGGAAACCAAGGCACAAUGAGAACAGCUGAGAUAUCCAGGGGCACAAAAUAAGUUAAGAGGGCCUUCUUUGUAGUAUAGCACAUAGCUUUCUUCCCUUGUCCUGGCUGCCAUGUUCCCAGUGUCUAACUUGGUUUUGUUAUGAGAACCCUGUAGGAAUAUGAUCUAGCAGAUGAUUUAGCACAUGAAUUGACAAUUGUUGUAGGAGGAGUGGGCCUGUUUUUGGUCUUGACUGCUUUGCUAGCUUACACCUGAAAGAAUCACACAGAAACUAUAUUAAUCAAAUUACUGCUUGGCCCAUUAGUUUUAGCCUCUUAUUGGCUAACUUACAUAUCUUGAUCUAACCCAUUUUUAAUAACCUGUAUAGCAUCAUGAGGUCAUGGCUUAUGGAGAAAGAUUUUAACCAGCGUCAGUCUUGGGCAGGAGCUUUAUGGUGUCUGCCACAUUGCCCUUCUUCCCAGCAUUCAGUAAGGUCUACUCUACCUACCUAAGUGCUGCCUUAUCAAAAGGUCAAGACAGUUUCUUUAUUCAACCAAUGAAAGCAACACAUAGACAGAAGAACCUGCUACAUCAGACAAUGGUACAGAGGAUUUGAAAUCCACCCCUUCCUGGAAACUCACUGAUGGGCAGUAAUUCUAGACAAACAUUGAACCACAGACCUCCCUAAACUUGUUGAUUUCUUCCAAAUGUUUGCCCAGAGCUCCCAAGAUCUUUGAAACCCUUCUUACUUAUUACUAUCACUUAGUCCCAGGUAGUUUUUCUCAAUUUUCAUAUUUCUUUGUAUGUGUAGUCAUUCCUUUUUUCCUAACACAGACCUGUGAUAACCUUGGCAAGGCUGUGUCUAAGACCCUCCCCUCUGUAGAGGUACUUCCUAACAGGUGUCCAGAGGGUCUUGAUGUCAGCAUUGAGAUGACCAGUGGGCAGUUUCUUUCCAGAGUUCUCACAUAACAGCACUGUCUUGGAAUGUUUUAAAUAGUCUCAUAAGUAAUUUGCUUAUAGUAUUGUUAGUUUGAGUCUUAUGUGAGGAGCUGCCUAACGUCAGAGACGUAAAAUCCUUCCCUUUCUGCAUAGAAGAAAGUCUCUGACAGUAUUGAUUCAUGGCAGUGCUAAUGGACCUUGAGAACAUUAAGAAUGCCAUUUCUCAGAGUGUUUCAGUUUCUGAAAAUGAAUCCCCUGAAUUAUGAUCGUUCUCCCUGUUAGUUGGCUGGGGGAAGAGAUAAAAGCUGCGUAAGCCACUUCUUCCAUGCUGAAAGCAAGUGUCUAUGCCUCCCAUCUCCUGUAGACUUAGACUCCUGUCACUUAAUUGAGUUUCAACAACAAUUAUUUCUCAGAUGGCAAUGCCACCCCUCUAAGUGGGUUGACAAGAAAUGAAUAGUGGGAACAGGCACAUCAAUAACCUUUUUUCCCCUACAUUUCAUCUCCAGAAUUGUGAAGUGUUUCAGUGAUUCCUGUUGUGAGUGAUUCUUUUUUCAAAAGCAAGGUAGCCAAGUCUUUGACAGAGAUUAACUUUUGUUGAGAAAUGAGGGUUUAUAGGAGAGAAUUCAGCUCCAAUUCUACAAAAAGUAUCCAGUCAAUCAAAAACUAAGUUAUUUUAGGGAUAUUUUGACAUCUUCCUUUUCUGCUCAUUUCAUUAUCU